UCCUCACUGGUAGAAACCGGUACUGCAUUGCACCAAGUAGAGAUGUCGAGCAAGCUGGAUUCUAAAAAAUCUGAUAACAUUUUUAAUGACAGUGGAAAUGGACAAGCUCUCAUGAACUCCGCAUAUCAAAACACUACAGUCAAGUCUAAAGUCGAUUUUAUCUAUGACGCUGUUCCUUCCAGAAGUAAAAAUGACAUACUCUUAGUCUUGCAGUCGUGCGAUUACAAUGUUGAUGCAGCUAUUUCUAUUUUUUCUCAAGGUCGAGCUGACGAUAUCUUGAACCAAUGGAGCCAUAAAGUGAAAAAAUCCAAGGAUGGAAAUAAAAAGAAGCGAAACAAAAAGAAACAGGUUUCUGUGAAUGUACAGGAUGUUGAAACAAAAACAGAAGAAGAGAAGAAUCCUGGGGAACAACUAAUGCUAGACAAGGCUGAACCAUCUGUUGCAAAAGGUCUAGGCGCAUCAGAAUGUGCCACAAAGCCUCCAAUCCCAACCAAUCUCAAUUUAAAUACCAACAAUGAAGCGUCAGUUUGUCCACAACAAACAGAUAUGAAUGGAAUUUCUACCUUGAGUUCCAAUAGCUCAUUAAGUUCUGAUCCAGCAACACCAAGCGAUGACCCAGUGGCAUUGCCCAGUAAACCAAAUGACCACCCAAAUCACUCAUCUUCACAUCAUCAUAAAACUAAUAAACACCAUCACCAUCCAAAAACUGAGAAGCUGAGCCCGACCACCAGCAUUGAUGCCUUGAAGAAGACAACCAAAGAUCUGACAAGAUCGAGCUUUUCUCUUGGUCGAUACCAACUUGUUCUGGAAGAGGAAUGUGAACUUUCAUUAAAGAGGAUGACUAAAACAUUUGAAAACAUUAGAAAAAGCAUUGAUGAAAGACAAGCAACACUCAGCAAGGCUUUGGAAGAAUUCAAGGAAGAAGCAGUAAAACUACUUCAACAACGUGCAGAAGAUGCUGCAGCUCUGAAGUUGAAAACCGAAAGAGUGCACAGCAUGUCAGAAGAUCAAAUUGCUCUCCUAAGAGCUGACAUUAAGAACUUUGUUGCUGAGAGAAAAAUUGACGAAGAACUGGCACAAACAAAACGUUUCAUAUGUGACGAAGAAAAUUUCUUGCAGGGAAUAAAGACAUUUGGUGAAGUUGUUCCCAUCAAAAGCACCUAUACUCCCGUAGUACUGAACCACCCAAUGCCUUCAACAACUCCAAAACACUCUUUUGCCAAGACUCAGUCGUAUAGGUUUACUCCCGUAGUACUGGACCACCCAUCGUCUUCAACAACACAGAAACCCUCUUCUGCCAACACUCAACCGUCGCUCGUAAACCAUCCCUCUACAGUGCUUGAUCACCCAACGUCUUCAACAACACAAAAACCCUCUUCUGCCAAGACUCAACCGUCCCUCGUAAACCAUCCCUCUACAGUACUGGAUCGCCCAUCGUCUUCAACAACACAGAUACCCUCUUCUGCCAACACUCAACCGUCGCUCGUAAACCACCCCUCUAAAGUAGUGGACCACCCAACGUCUUCAACAACACACAAACCCUCUUCUGCCGACACUCAACCGUCGCUCGUAAACCAUCCCUCUACAGUACUGGAUCACCCAACGUCUUCAACAACACACAAACCCUCUUCUGCCGACACUCAACCGUCGCUCGUAAACCAUCCCUCUAAAGUAGUGGAUCACCCAACUUCUUUAAUAACACAGAACCCCUCUUCUGUCAACACUCAGCCGUCCCUCGUAAACCAUCCUUCUGAAGUCAAACUACCAAACACAACUCAACCAUCAAAUGCUGCAAAGGUCUCAGAGACAUCAGUUCUUCCGAAGAAACCAGAACCAACACCUUCAGCAACAAGACGACACCCCAUUGCAGCAACGUCUGGUCGUCCUCCAAAAAUCCAGUCCUUGAUAUCUUCAGCAAUGGCGAAGACCACUAUUGCUGUUGGAAACUUUCAAGGCGCAGAAGAUAUACAUUCAAAACUAAAAGAAGAUGCCAAAAAACAGGGUGUUUUCAGUCAAAACGAAUCAAAAAAAGAAAACCCAAAUCAGGAGCACAGACAGCAACACUCAAGACAAACCACAGCUCCAUAUCAGCAAGGAAAACAACAACCCAAAAGAACGCAAGAACCACGACCACGGCGACCACAGUCGAGCCGCCAAGGCAGCAGAUCAAACCAAAGACAUAAGAAAGACGAGAAAACUUCCGAUAGAAAGCCGAACGAGACGUCUCAAACGGACGAAGCGAGAGCAAAAAUGAACCAGCGUAGUUCCUCUGCGCAAAAUGAGAAAAGGAAAGAGGGAAGCGAAGUAAAUCAUAGGUCGACAGAAGGAAGACAGUCGAACCCGCCUCGGGAAGGAGAGAAUAAACGUCCACCGCGAAGAAGAAGAAGAAGAGGCGGAAGGGAUAAUAGGCUGAGUGGAGAAGAACCAGCUAAAGAAGCUUCAGAAGCGAGUGCAGAAAAGGAUAAUGAUUCUAAGCAGAGUGGAGAAGAACCAGCUAAAGAAGCUCCAGGAGCAAGUGCAGAAAAGGAUGAUUCUAAGCAGAGUGUAGAAGAACCAGCUAAAGAAGCUUCAGAAGCGAGUGCAGAAAAGGAUUACGAUUCUAAGCAGAGUGGAGAAGAACCAGCUAAAGAAGCUUCAGAAGCGAGUGCAGAAAAGGAUUACGAUUCUAAGCAGAGUGGAGAAGAACCAGCUAUUGAAGAAGCUCCAGAAGCGAGUGCAGAAAAGGAUAAUGAUUCUAAGCAGAGUGGAGAAGAACCAGCUAUUGAAGAAGCUCCAGAAGCGAGUGCAGAAAAGGAUGAUUCUAAGCAGAGUGGAGAAGAACCAGCUAAWGAAGCUUCAGAAGCGAGUGCAGAAAAGAAUUACGAUUCUAAGCAGAGUGGAGAAGAACCAGCUAUUGAAGAAGCUCCAGAAGCGAGUGCAGAAAAGGAUUACGAUUCUAAGCAGAGUGGAGAAGAACCAGCUAAAGAAGCUUCAGAAGUGAGUGCAGAAAAGGAUUACUAUUCUAAGCAGAGUGGAGAAGAACCAGCUAAAGAAGCUUCAGAAGCGAGUGCAGAAAAGGAUUACGAUUCUAAGCAGAGUGGAGAAAAACCAGCUAUUGAAGAAGCUCCAGAAGCGAGUGCAGAAAAGGAUUACGAUUCUAAGCAGAGUGGAGAAGAACCAGCUAUUGAAGAAGCUCCAGAAGCGAGUGCAGAAAAGGAUAAUAAUUCUAAGCAAAGUGGAGAAGAACCAGCUAUUGAAGAAGCUUCAGAAGCGAGUGCAGAAAAGGAUAAUGAUUCUAAGCAGAGUGGACAAGAACCAGCCAUUGAAGAAGCUUCAGAAGCGAGUGCAGGAAAAGAUAAUGAAUUUAAGCAAAGUGGAGAAGAACCAGCUAAAGAAGCUCCAGAAGCAAGUGUAGAAAAAGAGUCUGUGUCUGACGUCAAGAAUGGACAGAGCACGAAUGACGGAAGCCACGUCGAAGAAACAUCUGAUAACAAAGAGGAAAAUGCAGAAUACGAGAAUGAAAUAAUCGUUGAAAAUAAAUCAGUAGAUGGAGCACUUCCUCAGCGGUCGCCUAGAACUCGAAACCGAAGGAGACUUCGAGGACGGGAAAAAGAUAGCUCGGAACAAGCUGCAUCGCAACAGGUGAAUGAUGGUGCAAGCAAUGGGUUAGUAAACAACCACGCUACUAGUGAGGAAGAGAGAAAAGAGAUAGCUGGUAAAGAAGAGAAAAUCGCCAAACUCACUCCCGUUGUCGACCAGCCAUUGAUAAAUGGACAUAGUGAUGCUCGCGAGAAGAAAACUGCGAAGCAAGAAAAUGGUGAGAAAGAAAAUAUAGAAAUCAAUGGAUUUACUACAAGCAACGGAAAUGGUGACGAUUGUAUGGUUGGUAGAUGACAAUAAGCUGCAUGGAUUUCCAUUUCAAUUAAUUCAAAUAAAAUCUCCAAUAUUAUCGUAGGGAAUUAAUAUAUAUUCACUACUCAUUUCGACCCUUUGCCUUUAAAGGCAAUGAAUUCAAAUAUCGUUUUUGUCCGCAAUUUUUCAAAUUUUCGCGUUUCGAAUGCUUUUAUAGUUGCAUUGGGCAAUGUAUCCAGGAAAAAAUGUCUGAUAGUACUUAGAUAAAUUGAGGUACUCUCAGUUUUAUAUAGUCAAGAAAAAAAUCCAUGCAGGUUUUUAUUAUUGUGCAGUAUAUAUAUACCUAUUCGUCGAGGCUCAUUAAUUUUGGUUCGCAAGAGCACUGGAAAUUUUAAAAUGACAAAGCAGUGUUUAGAAUUCCGCAGUUGAACUGUUUGACACGUUAGAGCAGAUUUUGUCUGAACGAAAAAAAAGCUAAACUAAAUUUUCCUUGAAAUUUAAUGGCUUCCUUAUUAAAUUGCUGUGAUUGGGUAAUAAAUGUAUUCGAGCUCAAUGAUUGGUUCAAAAUAGAAGCCAUUUCUAUUUUUUUACUCAUACAAAAUCUUCCUUUAAUUUCACUUGCUUUUUGUCGUUGUCAUUUUAUUUAUGUCAUUUUUUCGGAAAUAGGUAUAUAAAAAUGAAUUUAUGAAUAUAUUAUUCGGUACCUUUGUGUGAAAGCACUUUAAUUAUCAUAAUCAAAUAAAUUUUAAUAUAUUCUCUAUGCAAUUUAUAUGAGAAAUGCUUGAAAGUCGAGCAGAAUUAUAUCAAAUAUUUGUUGUAAAGAGAAAAAAAAGUAUUGAAUUUCUUGUGAAAAAAAAAAAAGCACGAUAAGUAGUUACGGGAAAACGAAAUAAAAGGGGGUUCGUACUCAGGUGAA